CCGGGCGGGGACAGGGCGUGCGGGAGGCGAAGGCGGCGUGCGGCGGCGGCGGCGGCCGGGAAGAUGCUGGAGGCGGCGGCGGCCGAGCCGGAGCUGGACCCCGAGGACCUGGUGCACUUCUCGGUCGGCGACUUGCCGAGCCGCGGCUACGGCGUGAUGGGCGAGAUCCGGCGGCAGGGCAAGCUCUGCGACGUGACCCUCAAGGUAGGGGACCAUAAAUUCAGUGCUCACCGGAUUGUGCUGGCUGCUUCCAUCCCGUACUUCCAUGCCAUGUUCACCAAUGACAUGAUGGAGUGCAAACAGGAUGAGAUUGUCAUGCAAGGGAUGGAUCCCAGUGCACUGGAGGCUCUGAUCAACUUUGCCUACAAUGGUCACCUAGCGAUAGACCAGCAGAACGUCCAGUCUUUGCUGAUGGGGGCAAGUUUCCUUCAGCUGCAAAAUAUCAAGGAUGCCUGCUGCACUUUUCUCCGAGAGAGGCUUCACCCUAAGAACUGCCUGGGAGUGCGUCAGUUUGCAGAAACCAUGAUGUGUGCAGUGCUCUAUGACGCUGCCAACAGCUUCAUUCAUCAGCACUUCGUGGAGGUAUCCAUGUCAGAAGAGUUCCUGGCGCUGCCAUUUGAAGAUGUCCUGGAGCUCGUUUCUAGGGAUGAGCUCAAUGUGAAGUCUGAAGAGCAGGUGUUUGAAGCUGCAUUAGCCUGGAUACGGUAUGACCGGGAUCAGAGAGAGUCGUUCUUACCAGAGCUCCUGUCCAAAAUCCGCCUGCCCCUUUGUCGACCUCAGUUUCUCACUGACCGUGUACAACAAGAUGACCUUGUCCGCUGCUGCCACAAAUGCAGGGAUCUUGUUGAUGAGGCAAAAGAUUAUCACCUCAUGCCAGAGCGCCGGCCGCACCUCCCAGCGUUCAAAACCCGUCCUCGGUGCUGUACGUCCAUUGCAGGACUGAUCUAUGCUGUUGGAGGGCUUAACUCAGCAGCAAAUUUUUAUGCAGGUGACUCGCUGAACGUGGUGGAAGUCUUUGAUCCCAUUGCCAACCGCUGGGAGAAGUGCCAGCCGAUGACAACGGCUCGGAGCCGCGUCGGUGUAGCUGUGGUGAAUGGACUGUUGUAUGCCAUCGGCGGAUACGACGGACAGUUAAGGCUGAGUACUGUCGAGGUUUACAACCCAGAAAUGGACUCCUGGUCCAAAGUGGAAAGUAUGAACAGCAAACGAAGUGCAAUGGGCACAGUGGUGCUGGACGGUCAGAUCUACGUAUGUGGAGGGUAUGAUGGAAACUCAUCUCUCAACUCCGUGGAGUCCUAUUCACCAGAAACGAACAAGUGGACAGUGGUGACCCCGAUGAGUUCCAACCGCAGCGCUGCUGGAGUCACAGUCUUCGAGGGCAGGAUCUACGUGUCCGGAGGGCAUGACGGCCUACAAAUCUUCAACAGUGUGGAGUAUUACAACCAUCACACGGCCACGUGGCACCCAGUCGCCAGCAUGCUCAACAAACGCUGUCGCCACGGAGCAGCCUCCCUGGGCAGCAAGAUGUUCGUCUGCGGUGGGUACGACGGCUCCGGCUUUCUCAGCAUUGCUGAAGUCUACAGCUCCAUGGCAGAUCAGUGGUACCUGAUCGUCCCGAUGAACACUCGACGGAGCCGGGUCUCCCUUGUAGCAAACUGUGGCCGUCUCUAUGCUGUCGGGGGCUACGAUGGACAGUCCAACCUCAGCUCAGUAGAAAUGUAUGACCCGGAAACAAACCGCUGGACGUUCAUGGCUCCAAUGGUGUGCCACGAGGGAGGGGUUGGCGUGGGCUGCAUACCGCUCCUGACCAUCUGAGAAGGAAGCGUUUGGGGGCUGUCUUUUGAACGACAAUCUUGGGAGAGGUUCAGAAAGCGUUUCGUAAUGUGAUAGCCCGAGAGGUACAUUUCCAGGUGCUCAAGUGUCAUUCACAAACACACAAAAACUUGACAGAACAAUCCCUACCCUUGGCUUUUGCCCUGGGGCUCCAGAGAGAUCAACAAUCUGAAAUUUGGUGCGAGUGAGUGUACGGUUGCUGUGAGCAAGGACAUCCCUACCUCCCCCUCUCCUGCUUUAACCUUUGCACGGACCUGUGGUAGGCAAAUUCUUCCUCUUGCCGUUUGUCUUAGCUGUAGCGGUGAGCUGUGUGCAUGUGGUCUGCUUCUGGUUGUGCCUUUGGGAAGUGAUGUUGUGGGCCGUGGGGGGGCGAGCCUAAUUGCCACGUAACGGCCCCGUUAAUGACUUGCAGAGUGCUCGUGCGCCUUCCGUCAGCAGGCAGAGCGACCCUGGCACCGGGAGCGCUUGGUUAGUGAUGGUGUUGGAUAGUGUGCUGCUUGGCACGGUAGGACCUUACCCAGUUUAUCAAAACAACAACAACAACAAAACCCCAGCAUGGGCACGGUAUCCCGGCAAGCGUGUGGAAACUGCGCGGGCUCCGCUCCUUGCACAAGACCCUGUUAGCUUCUCAAAGCAGAGACGUACUUGGGUCAGCUCGAUGGAGAAAGCUCGAUGGGGAAAACGUCUCCACAAGAGCCACAUGAUGGAGAAACUAGGAAGAAGGGAAAAACAGUCAGUUAAACCAUGAACAGUUUUAGCAAGGCUUUGAGGAAAAUACUGAAUGUAAAUGACACUAAGCAACAAUCCUAAUGAUUUCAAAAUAGGGAGUCAGCCAAGGUGUUAAUUAUGAAGACGACCCUUUAAUUUCAUUUUGACUCACGUGCUUUUGGCAGAAAAGCUAGGCUUUGCUUUUUCAAAGCUGCUGUGUGAGAUGCAGAAGCUCUUCCUGUGAAGAAGCAGCCGGAGCAAGGUGUGACCAGGAUCUUCAUCGUGCGCAGGGCGGACAAUAAGUGUCUCUGCAAGGCGCACGCCUGCGGAGUUGGCACCGCCGUAGCCCAGGCGAGAUCAACGUCUUGGGUUUCUGGUGGUGUUGUUCUGUUUUGCUACACUGGGAAAGGUCUUUGCAACGUGCUCCGUUGCUCGGUUCACGCGGCCACGCGAGGGAGCUUCCUGGGGCCAAACCGUGGCACAGCCAAAGCAGUCGACGCUUUUGCCGCGGCGGGAGAGCAGCACGUGGCUGUCGGGAAGGCGGUGGGUAACGGCAGCGGGCAAGACGACGGCCCUCCGCGCCUGUUAAACACUCGUGCGCGUUCCCUCCGCGCCUGUUAAACACUCGUGCGCGUUCCCUCCGUGCCUGUUAACGCUCGUGCGCGUUAGCUCUUCGGUAUUGCUCCUGCAUGAACGUGAGCUGUGCUGCAUUCAGGGCUCUCCCCCGCGCCCGUCUCCUCCCGCGCGCUCCUCCAGCGAAGCCGCGCGUCCUUCUGCCCGGAGAAGCAGGCGCCCGGUGUCGCCGCGAGCUCAGCCGGGAGGAGCGGCGGGGCUGUGAGCCCCCUCCUCGACACUAACCUCUUCAGCCCGCCGCGAGCGGGUCUCUGCCGGGGGGGGGGGGCCCCGGGGCGGCCCCGGGCCUGCGCGGAGCCGGCGGCGGCAGGGAGCACUCCGCGGGCUCCCCCCAUCCAGACCCCACGCUUCUUGUCCGUACCUGCCUCCCGGCAUUGCUUGGGAUUUGAACUUCGGGUGUAUAUGUGGAUGUCUAUAUAUUCAGGUACUAUGUAUAUUUUAGGUAUACACACACACGUAUAUAUAUAUAUAAUGAGCAUAUCUGGUUAUAUAUGUGUGAUUUGUCAGUGUGUAUCUGUUCGCUCUGUGUACACGUGUUUGCUGGGCUCCCUCGAGGCUGGAUUCACUUGGGGUUUCCGUGCUGCUAAGGCUCUUCCAGAAAAAAAAACAAGAACGGUGGAAUCGAAACGAAGUCGCUUCUCUGGCCGCGACUCGCGGUGGGGGGACGCCUGGGCGGGAGGCCUCUAGUUAAAGCAAAACUUGGUAGUUCUGGAAAAUCCCGCGUAGAUACCGCACCCGUGCGAACCAUCCCACGGAGCCGGGGAGGCGCGAUCGGCUUGAGCGGCGGCGGCUCCUUCCCUCUGCUCCAUCCUUUCCGGACUGAAACAGGAGAAGGGCCUGGGGGCGAGGAG